AACUUCCCCUCUUGUCUGUGAGGUAUGCGACUGUAGCGUUCAUCAGAACGCGGAGGGAAAAAAAACACCCACAAGUCUUCUUGUUUGCUGCUUGCUGGUCGCUCAAGGAGCCCUCUUCUCUGUGUUGAGCCUGUGUAGCCAUGGCCGUGUGGGGCAGGAGCCCGUUACUGGUAGCGAUUCCUCUGUGGAUGAGUUUUGGGAGAGCUGCUGCUGGUCUUGCAGAGCCACAGAUCUGUUACGUGCUGGACGGAAUCCUGUUUUUGUACGGCAUCAUCCUGACAGCUCUCUACUGCAGAAUCAAGAUCUACAAUGCUAAGGGGGCUCAAGCAGGGAAAGGAAAGGGCAAGAAUGUUGAAGAGGGCAUCUACACGGAUUUGAAGCCUCACGCCCAGGACACAUAUGAAGCUAUUGGCAUGAAGAAGUGAUGUGAUGAGGGAAAGUCCAAGACAGAUGUUCUGUUUUUGUAUUUAAUAUUGCUUAUCUUACCUUUUUAGAUUUGAGAACAUGUGAGACUGUGUGUGCAAGUGCACAUUUCCCCUUUGCUUUUGUAGAUUUUAUGGGAAGUUAAGAGAGACAAGACAGAAAGAGGGAAGAUGAGGCCAAGUCGGGCAAUUCUCAAAAAUGCUUACUCUUGUUGUUUCAAUCUAUAUUUAAGUUUUAUGCAAACAUAUUUUUAAAUCUAAGUAAAAAAAAAAAAAAGAAUGAUAAAACUGUUUUAUUUUUAUGUAUAGCUGUUAUAGCCUACUCAAAGCUGAUAUGAGUGCCAAAAUGCUAACUGGCACUCAGCUCCUGCUACAGACUGUCCAACUAACUUCCUCCUUUAGGCCAUUUGAAUGUAUGUUUUUUUUAUAUUGGAACAGCAAAUCCAGAAGUAUUGCCGUUUUGUGCAUCAUGGUGAAUACAGUAUAGCCAUUUAGCCAUGUUCAUCCUGUGUAGUAAAUCCUUAGAGAUACUGAGCAGUGUACACACCACAGGAUGGCAGUGAUGGUGCCUUUGGUGAGGUCCUUACCUGUUCGUACUCAAACACAUACACACUCUGCUCUCUCCCAGGAGGCAGAGCCUGAAAGCAAUCAAAGAAAUAACACAAAUUGCUGUAAAGUUUUGCAUGCAAACUGUUGCCUGUGGUGUGCAUAGAGCUGUGAUAUACGUUUCACGUACAUAAAACCUAUUAAACAUUUAACUUGCUUAUUA